AUGGUGUAUGGAGAGAAUAUCAAACUUCCUGGAGAAUUCUUUGAUGCAAAUAUACCGCAUAUGUCACCAGGGACAUUUAUAAAUGAUUUACAAAAUAUUAUGGAAUUGAUGAGACCAAAAGAAACUCAACGAAAAAGUCAUCCAAAAAUAUUUGUGCACAAAGAUUUAGAAUCAACUUCUCACGUUUUCCUUCGCAUUGAUAGAGUACGAAAGCCACUCGAACCCCCUUAUGAAGGUCCAUAUUUUGUUAUCAGCCGUACACCAAAAUAUUUUACUCUGAGGAUAAAGAAUAAAGAAGUGAAUGUAACUAUAGACAGAUUAAAGCCAGCGUAUCUACUACCACAAGAAAAUCCUGAAGAGCAGCUUAACACUCCAACUUGUGUGAAGAUUACGCCUGCGCCACAACCAGCUAAGAUUCAAACCAAGGAAACUGCGUCUCAAAGUGAUCUUAAACCAGCCUUAAGACAAUCUCGAACUGGUAGAAUCAUUAAGACGCCAUUGAGAUUUAAAUUUUGA